UUCGGGAACUGGGUAGGGGAACCCAGAGUUCGUGCACCUGCGGGAGGAGCACCCCGAAGGCCGCGGGACCCAGCCUGGGCCUCGAGCACGUGCCACGCGGGACCUAGCUCAAGGCCCACACGGGACCCACCACGUGCGGGAGAGUGGCACCCGGGAGCCGUGCGCACCUGGCCAUUUCCGUCGGCGUAGAAUUCGCCCCCACCUCGCCCCCGGCCGGGACCCCGAAAGGGCCUGAGUAACUGGUGUCACUUUCUAAUCAGCUGACCGGCCAGCGGUGCCGGAUGUGGAAGCUGUGGGUGGGGAGCGAGGCAGGUGACCGUCUUGGCCAGCCUAUCGCUUCCGUCACUUUCUUCAGGUGUGGUCUGGGGCCAAGGUCCCAUCCAACUCUGAAGUGCGAGGUUCCCUAGUAGGGUGAGCGGAUAGGCGUGUUAAGAGUGUGCAUGUUUACGAGCGUGCGGCGAGAAAUCAGAAGCAAAAACUCUAGCAAAUUACAGGUGAAGAAAGCCUCGUGGGUCCUAGGUGCCUAGAUUAGAUCUCUUUGGGGGAGAUAGACUCCUCUUCUGGUAUCCUUGAGAUAACAGCCACUCCAGCCUCCUAGAACUUGCCCCGUAAGAACGCAGUCGGUAUUUGGGAGGUGAGGCUGCUUGGUGCUCUUGUUUCUCUAGGGAAGUUAGUCUGAGCCUCGCUUUUCACACAGCUCUCAUUGCUAACACAGAUGCACUUUAACAGUUCGCCUUCCAAUUGAUGGACAGGCACUCAGUACACUCAGUCCUCAAAAGCUAGCUUGUGUCUCAGCUGGUAGGUAGUUCACCCCUUCCACUCCUGUGGAGUCACUAAAAUUAGCCCUGGGACCCCAGAGGUUGGCACUGCUGAGGUCAUACUGUGGCAGCAACAUUUCAGAAGGUAUCUGGUGGAGUGCACGUGGGUACUUUGAUGCUUUGAGCUGGUGUUUUAGGGCCAGGUAACUUCUUUCAAAGGUGUUGGUCUAAAGCCAUUAUGUUAUGGUGGCACAUGCUUGUACUCCUAGCACAUGGGAGUCUGAGGCAGGAAGAUCUUGAGUUUAAGGUUAGCCUGGAUUGCUUAGCUAGUUCAAGACCAGCCUUAGUUACAUAGCGAGACACUGUCACACAAAACCAAACUGAAACAGUAGGUGUGAAUUUAAGCAUGUGGAUGGAGUCAAGAAAGCUGUAUAGGCAGGACCUACCUGCAGCCCAUGUCACUGGGGACAGCCCUCACUGAUGACAAAAACCUUCCUCUCUCCUUAGAUAAAUCACGAGAAAUGUGGUGUUUGACCUUGGUAAAGGGAAUGUGUCUAAUGUGAUAACUUCUUGUGAUUCCAAAAGAAAAGAUUUACUAGACAAAACACAAAGCCAGGCUUUGCUGGAGUACAUUCUCCUCUUGUUCUCCAACUGAGCUGGGCUUGCAGGGCCCUGUUCCAAGUUCAGGGCUGUGUACUUUCCAGGUAGUUGCUAAAAAUGGACGUUGGAUGGAGGGUCUGGGGAGGCUCUGUUUUCCCGAGAGUCUGCUGUUUCUGUGUCCCAGCCCUUUCUCUAGCACCUCAAGGCUUCUGGUGAGUCUUUUCUGGCCAUUACUUCCUAAGGACCCUCAGUUUUUAGUCCCUGGCUCUACCAGCCCCAGGGCUUGUUUACAGUCUCUGCUAACUCUUUCUUGCAGUCUAGACUAAGAAGUUGUGUCUGUUUUUGCCCCGGCUGUUCUGAGUCUAAAGGUUUCUUGGGGUGGACUUUCUGGAUCUCGGGUCUAGUCCACACGGGAAAUGGAAAUCAGGCCAGCUGGGAGAAUUCUCUGUGUGGCCGAUCUCUGGAGCUAUAAACAGUGACUCAUUCUCCCGCCCCACCCUCCCUGUCCCCUGCUCCGCUCCGGGAAGAUGCCUGGUCACUCAUAUUUACUUUUGCUUUUUAUAAGUCACACACAUGCGUUCUGUUUCCUCUUUCCUGCAGUUUCAGGAAACUGAAAGUGUUAUCUGAAAACCUAUAGAGUUUCACAGAGGUAGACCUGAGCCCCAGUGAUCAAACACCACACUGCUUGGUGUUGGGGAGGAUACUACAGCCUUGCUUGCUUGAUGGCCUGGCCUGAGGUCAGAGGUCAGGGUUAGAGGAUAGGGGCUGUUGUGUCUGAUGACACACCUGUCAGCUCUUCCUUGGGGCUGUCUGGUAUGGUAGGGGGAGAGCACACACCCUCCGCUCAGCUUCCUUUUUUGUCUGAGUCCCCGCCUCUGUCUGUCUAUAAAACAGACCUUGAUACCCUGAAGGAGCUGGUAUCAGCAACACACGCUCUCUGCUUAACAGAAGUUGAUUGUGCAUGGAAGCUGCUGAAAGAAUGUUCUAGAACCAGGUCUAGGUCCAGGGAAAAGGCUGACUUUCCAAAGACAGCAAUUAGGAGGGCUUUCAGGAAGAAGUGGAAGUUGAGGCUAGAGUGGAGACCCCAUAUCCAUCAUAGCCAGGAACACUCACCAGCCAAAGAAGGAAGCCCAGACAGGGAAGCUCAGAAGGGCACCCCAAGACCUAUGUUAUCUGUGGGACUAAGUCUGAGGCACCAAGAUCAGAGUUGGGGAUCUGUUACACCAAGGUCCAGAGAAGAACUGGACCGUGCAUGGGGCUGGGUAGGUCAAGAGCUGGUUCUGUAGUUCCAGCACUUGGAGGCUGAGGCAAGAGAAGACCAAUUCCAGACUAGCCUGGGCUGUUCGAGGCUCCGUCUUAAACAAGCAGGUCUGGAGAGGUAACUCAGUUCGUAAAGUGUUUGCUUGAGCCCACGUAAAGAUGUUAGAUGUGGUGGCAUACUCUGUCAUCCCAGUGUUGGCUAGGGAGAGACAGGAAGAUCACUGAAUCUCUCUGGUCAGCUAGCCUAACCUUUGUGAUUAGUUCCGGGCCACUGAGAGUCCUGGUUUCAGACAAGUGAGAUAUACCCAGUGGGGUGGCUCAGGGGGUAGAGGUGCUUGCCAUCAAGCCUGGUGGCCUGAGUUCAAAGCCCCAAGACCCGCAUUGUAGAAAGAGAGAACUGACUCCCAAAAAUUAUCCUCUGAUCUUCACACCCACUUUGGCAAGUACACACACACACACAGAGACACACACACACACACACACACACACACACACACACACAUGUCUGGGCUUAGCUGUUUCCUGGGGACAUCCCCAGUGAAACAUGGAGAGUAGAAAGUGGCUGGAGCCCCAGGACCACCAGCGAUGGGCCAGAGCCACUCAGUCAGUCAGGGAGAGGAGGUCAGGUUAGAGGCAGAGGGAGGGCAGCCACAGUUGAGGGAGGUGUGCCGUGCACCCUGCUGUCAGCCUCGAAACUGCUUGAGUCACCUCUGCAUGUAACUGGGAUGACACAGCUUCCUGAGAUUGCAAGCGCAAGGUGACCAGACGUCCUCUAGGCUAGGCAGACAGUUGUGGCUUAUGGGAGGGCGGCCAGCCAGCCUGAGCUGGGUGGAGAUGCCCAGCCACGCGCUGUGGGAGGACGGCACAGUGAAAUCUUAGUGGUCUGCAGUGGCAGGAGCUCAUUUGACCAGCUGUGUUGUGGUUCAUCAGCAUGUGGCCACUGUCUGUCGGGGAUGUGUCAGCCCCAUGUGUCCUCGGGGUCCUGGAAAGGGUGCUUGGCUUUGGGUAUUUGUGAGAGGCUCCGGAACAGAGGUGGCCACAUCCUUAGUGGCUUUAGGUUCUGUGGCUGCCUGCUGUCAGGGUGACGCUUGCUGUCUGGGGCAUGAACCUGUUCCCUUGGACAGACUAGGUCUCUCGACACCCACCCUGCUCCCUUCCCCCAUUCUGGGAGACCAGAAACCUGAAGAGCACACAUCUUGGUCAGCUGGAUUGGGGGCUGGAGUUGCUGUCACCCCAAGGAACAGGGGGUAUCACUCAGAACCCCCAGGUUGGUGUUACAGUUGCAGCAGAGUGAGAUGGGUGAUCCAUGUUAUACACUACCUGGGGAACAUGGAGACCUUUUGAGACUGAGACCUUUUCUGGUCCACCAUAGCACUAGUAGCAAGUACAUAGUCUCUGUAGCUCCCUGUCUGUUUGUCCUUCUUGCUGUGUGCUAGGACUGCCAGGAUGUCGUGCAGGAGAGAGUCUUGAUGCUAUAAGUGCCCCCAAUAGUGCAGUCAGUGCAGUGGAGUGCUGAGGAACUGCUUCCGGGGAGCAAAAGUAGGUAGGAUAGGCGAUGCUCUGCCUGCUCCCCCACCCCCAUCCCCUCUCCCAUACGGAAGACAGUCUGCUAGCAUCUGCUACCUGCUGUCUCUGGAUGCCAGGCUGGACUCCCUUGCUCUGCGGCAGUGUGCCUCUCUGCUCUUUAUGCACAGGGCCUCUUCUAUCCCAGUCCAUCUUCAAGUGGAAGGACUGGCCACCCUGUCCCUGCUGGCUGGCCGUGUUUAUCAGAGGAGCUGGGCUUGGGCAGGGGUAGCUUCUCCCUAAGUUGUCCAGGCUGACUUUGAACACACUCUGUAGCCCAGGUUGGCCUUGAACUUGUAGUUCUCCCAGGGUCUAGGAUGGCAGGCCUGGCUUGGCCUUCGAUGGAUAGGUUGGGACUGUACCCAGGUGCUUGGCGUACACACACUGAGUUGCUGAAAAUCUCUGUCCCUUAGAUCGUCCCCCGUGAUUGCAACCAGGCAGAAGGGCAUGCAUGCCUCUGUCUGACUCAGGGCAAACGUGCACCUCACCUUUCCCCUGGACAGACUUCUACAAUGUUGGUCAUGAAGGAUGGAGUCUGAGUUAUUUUGACAGGGGGUGCAGGUGUUCCUGCUGAACAGGGUUCCAGAAGCUGAAGCCUAGCUGGGGCGGGGUAGGCUGGGGUAAAAACAUUAGCUCAGUCUAAGUGUGCACCCAGGACUCCUGAGUGGGGGCUUCAGGACUCCACUUGUCAUCUCUGGGGUCUUUUCUCGCAUCCUCUUUUUCUGAGGAAAUGACCCCAGCAUUGAAGGGGUUGGCAUUUGUCCAUGGCCUCUGGGGUUUACUUAUUUUUAAGCCAGCUUAAGUCUGAAGAAGGAUCCUUGAACUCAGACCCCAUCAGAAGCCCACAAAGAGGGUAUACAUGGAAAGUGCCAGGGAGGGGCCCUUCCUGCUGGCCAGGUGGUCUCCAUCCAGUGGUCAGUUGACUCUCGUGGGGUCACCUGGGGGCAAGCCCCUACCCCGUGCAUGUCCUGGCCACCCAGCUGUCACAGUACCAUCACUAUGGCAAUGGAAAGAUUCCUGCUCCAAGCUGAGCGCUGGCCUGCACGUCUCGGCACCCGUGGGUCUGAGUUGAUUCCCCCUUCUUCCAGGCACCUUCCUUUUCCGCUGGCAGUGGCCCCUGGGGCCCGUGAGCAUGCGGGUGGGAGGGGUGUCCUUGUGUGGGAAUGUGAGCCGGCUCUGUAAACAGCCUGUGACUCACCACAUAGCUAUGUCACUGACGCUGGAGUUGCAAGUUGGAAGAGAUGCCCAAUCCCUCCUCCCUCCUUACACGGAAAACUUUCUCAGGGCUCCCGGGGCUCCUAGGCGCCUGGCUCCUGAGAGUUCCUAAUGGGGCAGCCCAGCACCUCUCUAGUGCCACUGUUACCUGGCUGGAGCUGGAGGUGAUCUGUGGACGAUACAUGCUCUGCCCGUAUCCCCAUGUGAUCUCUCAUCGACAUUGGAUCACCCUCACAAGCUCUGGUCCAUCUCAGGUCCCAGAUGGAUACUGUGACAGGAUGCAUGCUGCUUUACCUGAGUUCCUGGCCCUGCCCCUGUCCUGGUCGGCCUACUGCCAUUGCCCCUCAGCAUGACCAGCGAAGUCACCAGGGUACUAUAUCUACUACCAGAGUCAGUACCUUGUCUCUCGCUGAUGGCUUCCUGGGCAGUAAGGGUGGCGGGCAAUGAGACAGGACCCCAUCAGAGGUGGGGUCACAGUGUAGAGAGACAGAGCCUAAAGGCCCCUCACAUCUGUGGGGGAAGGGACAGGGAGGUCCUCCACUGUCUUGUUCAUGCCUGUCCUCCACACUCUCCUUUGUGUGAUUUCCCUGAUGUUCCUUGUUCUGUGCCCAUCUUUGUCAGGGUUUGAAAGACAAGAGCUGGGGGUGUAUCCCACUUUAAAGGCGUCCCUGUCCCUCUUACCCCUUCCCCACUUGUCAGGGAAUGAAUGGGUUUGUUUACUGCCUGAGAACCUCGUGUUGUCUUUCCGCACAGGCUUGACCCACAAGUCCCAAAUGCUUUUGGGCUUCUCUGUUGCCAUGGCGACAGUGGGGGGUUGGCUACAUCCCAAGGUCGUCAUGGCAACUAUCAGAGGGGAAUCAUGCUUGGGAUGCUUUGGCUGGCUUUUUCAUGAAUGAUGAGGGUGUGUGACACAAUGCAGACUGGAGAAUGAGAAGGGCGGGCAAGGGGGCUGGCGGGCUGGCCAUGGGGACAGGGCCUGCCAGACAGCCCAGUAAGUCUGCCAGGUGGCUGGAGUUCUCUGCCCGUGUCUCUGGCUGGAUCCUCUGAACCUGCUACCCACCAGUAGCCCCCACCCCACCCAUAGGGGCCUUGGGGUCACUCUGAGGGGCUGGGGUGGCCAGGGAGGAGUGGUGAUGUCACAGCUGCAGUGUCCUUCACGGAGCUACGAUUUUCUGGUGGUUCCGUCCUGGUGACAGGGCCCGGGUUAUGACGACUAAUCCCAAGCCCAACAAGGCAUUGAAGGUCAAGAAGGAGGCGGGUGAGAACGCCCCUGUUCUUAGCGAUGAUGAGCUGGUGUCCAUGUCAGUGCGGGAGCUAAACCAGCACCUGCGGGGGCUCACCAAGGAGGAGGUCACUCGGCUGAAGCAGCGGCGGCGCACACUCAAGAACAGAGGCUACGCGGCUAGCUGUCGCAUCAAGCGUGUGACACAGAAAGAGGAGCUGGAACGGCAGCGUGUGGAGCUACAGCAGGAGGUGGAGAAGCUGGCUCGAGAGAACAGCAGCAUGCGGCUGGAGCUAGAUGCCCUGCGCUCCAAGUAUGAGGCCCUACAGACCUUCGCUCGCACCGUGGCCCGAGGGCCUGUCACACCCACCAAGGUGGCCACCACCAGUGUCAUCACCAUCGUCAAAUCUGCCGAGCUCUCCUCCACCUCUGUACCCUUCUCAGCCGCCUCCUAGUGUCUGCUGGGGCCGGGCAGGGUGCGGGCAGUGGCACAGCCCUCAUGCCUAUCCCAGGCUCCCUGGCACAGAUUCCUCAUGUCUACCUGCCCACUGUGAACCCUGCGGGGCUGAGGGCAGGGACAGCAGGAACAGCAGGGACAGCAGAUGCAGGAUAAAAGGGAAGCUCUCAGGAGCCAGUGCCUCAAGCAACGCCCUCUCAAAUCUCUCCUUCCCCUGGGGGUGUGUUUUUAGGAGCUGGCAGGAACCACAUGGCCAACCAGGAUGAACAACUCUAGGCCCCUGCAGCAGAGUGUGAGGACUCGGUCUUCCACUUCUCCGGUGCCUGCUUGUCAGCACCGUUGGUGCCGUCCCCUCUAAGGGCCUCCAGCUGGGGUAGACACCAUUCUGCCUGUCCCUUUCUGGGCUUGGGCCUUCUUGUCCUUAUCAAAGGGCGCUACAACCUGCUUUAGCUCUUAGAGCCAGGCUCAUGUCCUGGGAAACACUUGCAGGGGCUAAUGUCUGUGUUCCUGUGUGUACACAGGCUACCAUCACAGCCUGUGGAGACUGGAAACCGAUGGCCAGGUGGCCACAUGGGAGAGCCUGUCCAGUAUGUGCGCCGAGGGUUGCAUGAAUGUCAUGGAGUGUCCCUGGAGGUCUGGUAGACUGCCCAUUGUGGUGCUGCAGGGGCCGCCUGUCCACAGAGCCAGCAAACAGCCAGGCUGGGGUUCUCUGGGGCUUAGCAGAGGGGAGAGAGAGAGAGGAGCAGGUGAAGCCUGAGAGGUGCUGAGAGAUGUCGCUGGCAGGUGAGACGUGUGUUGCUGCAAAAAGAACAGGAACGAAGUAGACAGGGAUAGUGCGGAGUCCUGGCAGUCGAGGUCCAGGGGAUGUGGAAGAGGCCUGAGAGGCAUAGUAUUAAGGGACAGAGACUGAGUCCGGAGGGCCUUGUGGACACACCCAUGGUAGGCAGGUCAGCAAGGACCCCAGGCAGACUGUAAGUUGCAAAUACUCUGCAUCUUUGGUGCCCACUUGUUACCUAAGCCUUUUCCUCCUUCAUAGAGCUCUGGGGCCACUGGACAUCUUGCGCUUUUUUACUGAAGGAAUCGUGUCCUCCAGGUCCUGGGGAAUAUGGUAGACAGGGAGUCAGGGGCAGGCUGAGUCACAGCCAGGCACUUAGAAAGCAAGCACUGUUGGAACCAUAGCCUUGGUAGGUAAUCCAUAUUGGAUAUCAAUAAGGACCAUGGAUAUUUAAAGAGAGAAGAUAUUAUAUAUAUAUAAUUAUACACACAUUUUAUCGUACAGAUUUUUCAUAACAAUUUUCUUUCCCAGUUUGAUACUGUAGAUCUUUAUUAAUGCAGAGUAGGUUGGACGGUGGGGUGGGGAACGAAGGCCCAGGGUGCCAACAGCCUUCCUCAGUCUUUCCUGCGGUGGCACUGGGCAGCUGGGUCACUGGUGAAGCCUGCUCCAGCACGUGUCACGCUGGAUGAGUACAGUGGUAGGCAGAUGACCACUGACUGUCAUCUUUUCUGUGGUGGCACUGGGCAUGCUGGGCCACUGGUGAAGCCUGCUCCAGCACGUGUCACACUGGAUGAGUACAGUGGUAGGCAGAUGACCACUGACUGUGGCUUGCUGCCCACGCCUGGCCUGUGGUGGUCUUCCUGGGCGGAGGCUCCAUAUUCUUGGCCUCCAGGGUAGACAGGGCUGUCAGUGCUACCCGGAGCACCCGUGCAGGGCACCUGCCUGGAGGGGCUGGGAAGGGUGUGAGUGCGCCCCAUGGCACUGUGUCACUGAAAUUUCAUUGUCACAAUUUAAUAUAUGGACAUUUUUAUUUAAAGAUAAAAGUGAGUUUUCUGUCUUGUUCCUUUGACUUCUGAAAGUAAGCUUUAACUUUUUCAAAAGGUGACAGGGACACAUGCUGACCACGCAGAGACCUGGCAUCCUCAGCCACCUGCCACUUGGCAAUUUCAUUUCAAUAUUUAUUUUUUUGUGCUUUUUUUUCCCUACCAUGUUAUAAAUUAUUGAGAAAAGAUCAAGAUCACAGACUGUUGGCCCCCUGUCUGCCCCCUGCCUCAUGGCCACCACCUAAUUUAUUGCUGUACAUGUUGCCGUGACUGCUUUUGUAUCUUUGCAAUAAAGAAUUUCCUGUUUGGGAUGCU